UAAUUGUUUUCGAGCGUCUCCUUCUGUUCUGUCCUAUUUUCUUUCCUUCUCGUCCUCUUCCCCUUCCGCGGCACUCCGUCCUCACUUCUCCACUUCCUUCAAUCCCCGCUCGAAAACCCUAACCCUUAAAUCGAAGCUGAAGCCAGAGGCGGGAUCCGAUCGCUUGGUUCUGGAUCGAUGGGGGAAGGAGACGUGCUGCAGAGGUUCGGGCCAGAGGAGAUAGAUAGUUCGUGCACGAAGGGGGAUCUGGCGAUGGAGGUCGAUGCGCAGCCGGGACGUGAUGGCGCUGCCACCGCGGAGGACUGGAGGCGAGUCCUCGCCAAGGUGGUGCCCGCUGUGGUGGUGCUGCGGACCACCGCCGCGCGGGCCUUCGACACGGAGACUGCCGGGGCCAGCUACGCCACCGGUUUCGUAGUCGACAAGGUUCGGGGCAUCAUACUGACCAACCGUCAUGUGGUCAUGCCCGGUCCUGUGGUUGCGGAGGCGAUGUUUGUUAAUCGGGAGGAGGUUCCAGUUUAUCCUGUGUAUAGGGAUCCUAUACAUGAUUUUGGGUUCUUCCGUUUUGACCCUGAAGCAAUCAAGUUUUUAAAGUAUGAGGAGAUUCCUCUUACACCUGAAGCUGCUUGUGUUGGAUUGGAAAUACGAGUUGUUGGGAAUGAUAGUGGAGAGAAGGUCUCCAUUUUGGCAGGAACUCUUGCUCGUCUGGAUAGGGACGCUCCUCAUUAUAAAAAGGAUGGAUAUAACGACUUCAACACAUUCUACAUGCAGGCUGCCUCUGGAACAAAAGGUGGCUCAAGUGGUUCACCAGUAAUUGAUUGUCAAGGAAGAGCUGUUGCCUUAAAUGCUGGAAGCAAAUCAUCCAGUGCCUCUGCCUUUUUUCUUCCUCUUGAAAGAGUUGUAAGGGCAGUAACAUUAAUUCAAAAAAGUUGGAGUUCAUUUGGAAGCAAGCCAGAUUCUAUUGCAAUCCCUCGUGGCACACUUCAGGUAACUUUUGUUCACAAGGGAUUUGAUGAAACAAGACGACUUGGACUUCAAAAUGAGACUGAGAAGAUGGUGAGGCUUGUUUCUCAUUCUGGAGAGACAGGAAUGUUAGUGGUUGAAUCUGUGGUUCCUGGUUGUCCUGCUCAUAAGCAUCUUGAACCUGGUGAUGUGCUUGUUUGUGUUAAAGGAGAGGUGAUUACUCAAUUUCUUACAUUGGAAACUUUACUUGAUGACAACGUGAAUGGCGACAUAGAUUUGCAGAUCGAAAGAGGUGGAGCGCCCUUAACCAUGAAAUUGAAGGUUCAAGAUUUGCAUUCCAUAACACCAAAUUACUUUCUUGAAGUAAGUGGUGCUGUUAUCCAUCCUCUCUCAUAUCAGCAGGUGUUGCUCCCUUCAAUUUCUCUUUUAUUUGUAAUCAAUAUCAAGUGGUACUUGGUUGGAGAUACAGGGUAUUUCCUCUCUCGAGCUGGUGUCCCACGCCAUGCAAUUAUCAAGAAGCUUGCUGGGGAAGAGACAUCAAAAAUAGAUGAUUUCAUAUCAGUUUUAUCAAAAUUAUGCAGGGGUGCACGGGUGCCUUUAGAAUAUGUGAGCCAUGUGGACCGCCACCGGAACAAGUCAGUUUUGAUUACAAUUGAUCGUCAUGAAUGGUAUGCCCCUCCACAACUAUAUGUCUGUGACGAUAGCAUAGGGCUAUGGGUGGCUAGACCAGCUAUACCAGCUGAUUCUACCAUAUUUUCUUCAACUAUCGACUGGGGUAGACUAGGCACAGCCCCUAUGGAAACACCAGUUAUUGGCGAGAGACAAUUGGAAGCUGAUCAUCAGAACAACACUGAGAACUGGGAGGAUAGGUGUAACAGAAUGCAGACUAAUGAUGAGAACAAUGCUGAUGAUUCAAUUUCCAGGUAUGGUUCCUUUGGUGACAAAAAGAGGCAACAAAUAGAGGAAGAUUCAAUAGUAGAAGGAAGAGUAUUCUCAAAUGGAGCUUUGGAUGACUUUAAAGAUCAGAACUUGGAGCAUCAACCCAACUCGGAAAAUACUGAGGUUUUGCAUCAUCAGGUAGCAAUUCGAACAAAUGCAUCAAUUGCAGAACAAGUGAUAGAGCCCGCUCUCGUAAUGUUUGAGGUUCAUGUACCACCAUCUUGUAUGAUUGAUGGUGUCCAUUCUCAACAUUUUUUGGGGACAGGAGUUGUUGUACAUCAUUCAGAAACCAUGGGUUUAGCUGCUGUUGACAAGAACACAGUUGCUGUAUCUGUCUCUGAUGUAAUGCUGUCAUUCGCUGCAUAUCCUAUGGAAAUUCCCGGAGAGGUUGUUUUCUUGCACCCCGUUCACAAUUAUGCUCUUGUUGCUUAUGAUCCUUCUGCUCUGGGGAUUGGUGCUUCCAGUGUUCGUGCAGCUGAACUUCUUCCUGAGCCUGCUUUACAGAGAGGAGAUUCUGUAUAUCUUGUGGGAUUAAGUAGAAGUCUACAAGCAACAUCGAGGAAAUCUAUUGUUACCAAUCCAUGUGCUGCUCUAAAUAUUGGUUCAGCUGACUGCCCACGGUACCGGGCAACUAAUAUGGAAGUUAUUGAGCUUGAUACUGAUUUUGGUAGUACCUUUUCUGGUGUGCUUACCAAUGAACAUGGAAUGGUUCAAGCACUUUGGGCAAGCUUUUCUACUCAGCUGAAAUAUGGUUGUAACUCUUUGGAAGAUCAUCAAUUUGUUAGAGGCAUACCCAUCUAUGCAAUUGGUCAAGUUCUUCAGAAAAUUGUCCAGCAGGCACCAGGUCCACUUCUUCUCAUCAAUGGUGUAAAGAGACCAAUGCCAUCUCUUAGAAUUCUGGAAGUGGAGCUUUUUCCUACAUUGCUUUCAAAGGCUAGAAAUUUUGGUCUGAGUGACAGAUGGGUACAGGCCCUUGCCAAAAAGGAUCCUAUUAGAAGGCAGGUCCUACGUGUAAAAGGUUCUUUAGCAGGAUCAAAGGCUGAAGGCCUGCUAGAGCAAGGGGACAUGAUUCUAGCAAUCAAUAAAGAACCAAUCACAUGCUUUCUUGACAUAGAAAAUGCUUGCAGGGAGCUAGACAAAAGUGACAACAAUGCUGGAGAACUUAAAAUGACUAUUUUAUGUCAGGGUCAAGAAAGAGAGAUUGUUGUCCGAACUGACAUAAGGGAUGGCAGUGGAACAACUCGCAUGGUGAAUUGGUGUGGAUGUGUAAUUCAGGAUCCACAUUCAGCGGUUCGUGCGCUUGGUUUUCUUCCUGAAGAAGGGCAUGGUGUAUAUGUAGCAAGAAGGUGCCAUGGAAGUCCAGUUCAUAGAUAUGGUCUUUACGCCCUGCAAUGGAUAGUCGAGGUAAAUGGGAAACCAACACCAGACGUGGAAGCUUUUCUAGAAGUGGUAAAGUCUGGAGCAUGGAGAAUUUGUGAGAGUGAGGACAGUACAUUUGAAUGGGAAGCCACAUGUGCUGACAUUGAAGCAGGAUCUUCACUACUGGCCAACUUGGGAACUUAAAUUUGAUCCAGAAACGUCCAUGUGGCGACGAAAAGUGAUAAAAGCUUUGAGUGACAGCCAAAUAUCAGGACUGAACACACCAUUCAAGUUGUGAGACAUCACAUGCAAGACCUCCUACACAAGUUUCGUCUUUAGUUUGAAGAAAUCACGUUGGUAGCGGCAGAGCCCUUUAAGUUAUAAGAGCUACAAAAUCCACCUGAGUCCAAUUUGCCACAAAUGACCUCAUGAUCCUCCAUCAUGAGGUAUAUGUCCAUUUCGAUAAGUGUGGCUAUAUCUUAUUUUAAAGUACAUAAUUCAAGAUUUGUCUCUAAAUAUGCAAUAGUAAACUCCGAAGAGUAACCAGUCUAGAUCUUUUAGUUCAUUUGUCCACCAUUAUCUCGAUCGCUUUAUCAGCCUCUUGGACUUGCUCCCAGCUGCACUUGUUAAGCCAUUAGCUUCCCCAGGCAAUGUGUAAAUUUGAAAUAAUUGCAUCUUAGUAGCGUUCCUCAAAUUGUUGUAACUGAGAAAGGCCUAAGGUGGAGAUAUGUAGUGCAUAAGCUCUAGCUGUUAAAGUUUAAAUGUUCCACAGUUAAUGAUUUAAUACAAGUUCUUGUUGAUUAAUUUUGUCAUUAUUA